UGACGAGUUGUCCACAGAGGUUGACCCACACAAACAUGAGACGACAAUGCAAGCAAUUAAACAAAAAAGAGAACAAUUAUUUGCAAGCUCAAGCUGAUAGGGUAUUUUAUUAGUCAUCUCAUUGUGAAUUGUGGUGUGUACAUAGCCUUAAUUGAGAAUUAUCUCAUUACCCAAAAUUGCAGUCAAUUUCCAUGGCAGAAUCACUUCUCUUCAGUCUCGCCGAGUCCUUCAUCGGAAAACUUGGUUCUCAUGUUAUUGAAGAAGCUUCUCUUGCACUUGGCGUCUACGACAAUCUACGAGAGAUAAAAACCACUGUUUCCCUCAUCAAAGCUGUGUUGCUAGAUGCCGAGCAAAAGCAGCGGCAGAAUCAUGAGCUGAAGGAAUGGCUUAGACAGAUCAAGCGUGUCUUCUCUGAUGCAGAAGAUAUUAUCGACGAUUUCGAAUGUGAGGCUUUGCGGAAGCACGUCGUCAACACUUCAGGUAGCAUCAAAAGGAAGGUACGACGCUUCUUCUCGAGUUCUAAUUCUCUUGUUUAUCGCCUUAGAAUGGCUCAUCAAAUCAAACAUACUCAAGAGAGAUUCAAUAAGGUUGCUGCUGAUAGGCAUAACUUUGGCCUUCAAAUCAACGAAACUGAUAAUCGUGUUGUUCAAACACGCGAAAUGACUUAUUCCCAUGUAAAUGAUUCAAAUGUGAUAGGAAGGGAACUUGAUAAACAAAAAAUCAUUGACCUCUUAAUGAAAGAUGCUAGUGAUAAAAGUCUCUCUGUUAUUCCUAUUGUGGGAAUUGGAGGAUUGGGAAAGACUACACUUGCAAAAUGUGUGUUCAAUGAUAAGAGUGUAGUUGAGUCUUUUCCAUUGAAGAUGUGGGUCUGUGUCUCUGAUGAUUUUACACUUAAGCAUGUACUUCUUAAAAUUCUCAAUUCAGCUACUGAUACUGAUCCUAACCCAAUUCUCCAAGACAGCUUUAAAGAUUUUGAUACGGAGCAACUACAAAUUCAUAUCAGAAACAAACUUAGUCAAAAGUUCUUGCUCGUCUUGGACGAUGUAUGGAAUGAGGAUCGUGCCAAAUGGGAGGAGUUGAAAGAUAUAAUACAAGUAGAUGUAGGUGCUCAAGAGAGUAAAAUCAUAGUGACGACACGCAGCCACACAAUAGCCAACAUGAUGGGCACUUGCUCCUCUUACAUUUUGCAAGGGCUUUCUAGGGAGGAUUCCUUGUCUGUAUUUGUCAAAUGGGCCUUUAGAGAAGGAGAAGAGAAAAAUUAUCCUGAGUUGAUCGAGAUUGGUGAAGAAAUUGUGCAAAAAUGUGGAGGGCUUCCUUUGGCCCUAAGAACAUUGGGGAGUUCUCUAUUUUUAAAAUCUGAUAUUGAUGAUUGGAAGUUUGUUAAGGACAAUGAAAUUUGGAAUUUACCACAAAAAAAGGAUGAUAUAUUGCCUGCUAUCAAAUUAAGUUAUGAUCAGUUACCUUCCUAUUUGAAAAGAUGUUUUGCUUGUUUCUCCCUUUUUCGAAAAGACAUUCAAUUUUAUAGUUUUAAUGUUACUGCAUUAUGGGAGGCACUUGGCUUCCUUCCAUCACCAAAGAAGGAUAAAUCAGUAGAAGAAAUUGGCUAUCAAAUUUUGCGUGAGCUACAGUCCAUAUCUUUUCUCCAAGAUUUUGUUGAUUAUGGCAAUUCUUGCGCCUUCAAGUUACAUGAUUUAGUGCAUGAUCUCUCAUUGUAUGUUGCAGUAGAUGAGUUUCAAACGUUGAAGUUUCGUAGUGAAAGUGUUUUUGAGAACGUCCUCUAUUUGUCAUUUAAUAAAAAUAAUAAUGAUUUGCUUGGUCAAAUACCGAUCCCUACUAGACUGAGAAGCAUACUCUUUCCUCGAGGAGCCAACAAUGAAGCUUUCUUGAAUACUUUGUUAUCAAGGUGUAAAUUCUUACGGGUUUUGCAAAUAAAUUAUUCAACAUAUAAGAGUUUGCCUUCCUCCAUUGGCAAAUUAAAACAUUUAAGAUAUCUCAAUCUUCAGGAUAAUAAAGCACUAAAGAGCCUCCCUGAUGUAGUGUGCAAACUCCAAAAUUUGUUAACUUUGAAUUUCCAAAGGUGCAAAAAGCUUCGAUUAUUACCUAAUGGAAUAGGAAAGUUGAUCAGCCUUCGCCGACUGCAGAUAACCACAAAGCAAACCAAUAUCCCAAACAACGAGAUAGCAAAACUGACUUCUUUAGAAAUUUUCUCUGUCGUUAGUUGUCGCAAUUUGGAGGAGUUGUUGGAAGGAAUUCAACUUCCUAAUCUUAGAUCGUUGCUAAUUGCAUCUUGUAGGAAUCUAAAGUCUUUGCCAUUCCAUGUUGUUCCGAACUUAAAGGGUUUGUGGAUUUAUAAUUGCAAAAAUAUGAACUUAUCAUUGGACCAUGACAACGACAUCCCCAAUUUAAGGCUAGAGUCGCUCCGUCUUGAAUAUUUGCCUCAGUUGGUGACUUUUCCUCAAUGGUUGCAAGGAUGUGCGAGCAGAUUAAAGUCCUUGGAUCUAAAAUCCUGUGAAAAUCUUGAAGUGCUUCCUAAGUGGUUUUCGACUUUGAUUUAUCUCAAAACAUUUUUAAUUAAAAAUUGUCCAAAAUUGCUUUUGCUCCCUGAUGACAUGCAUUGCCUCAAAAACCUUGAAUAUUUGAAAAUUGAAGGUUGCGUUGAAUUAUGUAGAAGAUACUAUCCAAGAGUAGGACAAGAUUGGCACAAGAUAUCACACAUCAAACAAGUUUUCAUUGAAUUACCAGAACUUGAUAAGUAAGUCGAAUUCAUGGAUAUCAGCGUCAAAUAGGAAGGUAUCUAUUUGAUUUAUUAUUAUUUUUUUAUUGAUUAUGUAAUAAACAGUUGUUUAUACGACUUUGUUUGUUGAAGGUUCCUUACAUUUUCUAUAUAACAAAUUUGAGCAUGUAUAUUAUUUUGAAAAAUCAAGUGUUUUCUUA